UGUUUUUAUUGUUCAAGGCUGUUAGGCAUACACUCGUGUAAUCCGUCCACGGGAAAGACACCGGGCAGCGCACUACAGCUAGCAUUUAUUGACGCUGAGCAUCGGAAUGCGUGACCUAAUUGCGCAUAUUGGCAUUCAUAUGCAAAUAUGAUAAGCGAACGCAUCAAUGGCGACCCGUGACCUCAAAGAUAGCGAUGCAUUGGUUCGUGGUAUGGGAAAGUUAACGAUAUCUGAUGAAGACAUGGUACAAGAUGAUAGUGUGAACUGUUUAACAAAAUCUGUUCUUGCGUACGUACUUGGUAAGUCCAUUGAGCAUGCUGUGGUAGAUAUUCUCAAGGAUCGUUGCGAUGGCUGUCAUCAAGAAUGGUGUUGUCCAGAAUAUCACGAAUGUUGUUACUUCGGCAAAGGCUACACUGGUGAAGCAGAUGCCGUCGAUAAAUACUAUUACGAAGCGGUCGAUCACGUAGAUGAGCAUUUCGUGAUGGAGUGCUUCAAGGCUGCAUGCAAAGUAUACCCGCUAUUACGUAAUAUGGAUUCUAGUACCGCCAAGGAAUAUUUGAUUUUACUGGAAAUGCAAUGGUCACAGCGACCUCGGUGUUGCCUAGAAACACUAUACACAUUGAAUUCAGAACCUCACGAUAUGCUGGAUGAAAUCAUGUUAGCAGUUAAUGAAGAAAGAUAUUAUGCAGAAUGA